AUGGCAAAGAAGAAAAGUAGAAGAUUAUCAGUCAAGAUGAAGAAUAAGAUCGUUAAAAAGGUCAACGAGCAUCAUAGAAAAUUAAGAAAGGAAGAUAAAGAAAAAGGAAAAGUAAAAAAAACUAUAAAGAAGGAUCCAGGUAUUCCAAAUCUUUAUCCAUUCAAAGAGGAUUUAUUGAAUCAAAUCCAAGCACAUAAAGAUGCAAUUGCAGAAGUUAGAAGAUUGAAAAAGGAAGGAAAGAAGGCAAGAUCGGUAUCUGAUUUGGUAAAGCAAGCAGGUGAUCGUGAAAAGGAAUUUACAAAGAAGCAAAAGGAGGCUGCUGCCAACCCAAACCAAUUGGAUCGUACCUCUGCCAUGGAGUCUAGAGAUAACUCACUCAGAUCAUUCUUCCGUGAAGUUAAAAAGGUCAUUGAAGCCAGUGAUGUCAUUCUCCAAGUUUUAGAUGCUCGUGAUCCAAUGGGUUGUCGUUGUUUAGAUGUUGAAAAAUUGAUUCUAGAAAGAUAUCCAAAUAAGAAAAUUGUUUUAAUUUUAAAUAAGAUUGAUUUAAUUCCAAAGGAUAAUGUAUUAGUUUGGGUUAAAUAUUUAAAGAAUUAUUUCCCAACAUUGGCAUUCAAGUGUUCGACGAUGCAACACAAGAUUACACCAGGUCAAUCACAUGUAUCGGCCGAAUUGGCCACACAAAAUCAAUUAAACUCUGCCGAGUGUUAUGGUGGUGAAUCGUUGUUACAGUUGUUGAAAAACUACAGUCGUUCACUCAAUAUGAAGACAUCGAUCUCUGUCGGUAUCAUUGGCUACCCCAACGUCGGAAAGAGCUCGCUCAUCAACUCGCUCAAGCGUGCCCGUUCCGUGUCGGUUGCCAACACACCCGGCCACACCAAGGUUGCCCAAGUCGUCAACUUGGACAAGAACGUCAAGCUCAUCGACUCGCCAGGUAUCGUCCCUCUCAAGGGUGGUAUCGACGUCAACACAGUCUUGCGUAACGUCGUGCGUGUUGAAAAGGUCGAGGACCCGGUCACCCCCGUCACGGCCAUCAUCCAACGUUGCGGCAGAAACCAAUUGAUCAAGAUCUACCAAGUGCCCAACUUUACCAGCACCACCGAGUUCCUCACCCUCAUUGCUCACCGUCGUGGCAAGAUUAAAGCCGGUGGUAUCAUCGAUCUCCACGCCACCGCCCUCUCGGUGUUGCGUGACUGGACCGACGGCAAGAUCCCAUUCCACACCGUGCCACCCAAGGAGAACCAUCACGUCGGCGCCUCCAUCGUCUCCAACUUUGACGAAGAGUUUAAUAUCGACCAAAGUGCCGACCUCGAGAACCUCCGCGACAAGGUCGACUCGACCGCCGUCGCCAGUAUGGAGACCAAGGUCGACACCUCUAUCUUUGACGAAGAAGACGAUGAAGAUAUGGACGAAGACGACGACAGUGACGAAGAUGACAGUGACAUGGACGACGAUGACGAAGACGAAGAUGAAGACGAAGAUGACGACAGCUUGGACGGUGCCGACAUGGAAGAAGGUGACGAUGAACAAGUCGAUAUCCGUGCCCUCCUCAAACAACAACAAGACCAAAAGCUCACUCAACAACAACAAAGAAACCAAGUCAAGACUGCCAAGAAACAAAACCUCACCGACGAAGCCGAUCAAUACAACCCACAAACCAACAAGAAUGCCAAGAAGCAAGCCAAAAAGGAAAAGAAAAAGGCUGGUUUUGUCUCUCAAGAAGCUUACUCGUUUGCUACCGAUUUCGUUGGUAGUGAUGAUGAAUCUGCAGAUGAAAUGCAUGAUGACAAUGUUGAAGAAGAUAUUGAUGAAGAUGAAGUCUUUUAA